UUCUAGUGCUGGGAUUCCUCUUGCUGUCAGACGCAGAUCUUUUGAACUUUGUUCGGUUUAUUAAAGUGUGCUUGACAGUGAUCAGCAUACCUUUUAAGCGUAUGAAUUUCUCUUCUUUUUAAGGCUGCAGUAGUCUCUUCAGUUCUUUUAAUUCAGGGUCUGGUUAAAGGUAAAGAGCAGUGUCCUUUAUUGUCAGAGCUGAAACUGAUUUUUGAAUGGUAACAAGCCGGCUGGUCAAAGGGGCCAGUUCUCCCUCUACAUUUGCUGCUCAUUCAUGCUCAGACUGCUUUUCAUGAAGCGUGGCUGUUGGGCAGCACCAACAAAAGGUACACGGACCUGAUCUUGUGGGCUGGUGAAUGAGAUGGAGCGUUUCUUGGGCUUUGUGAAGCAGAUAAGAAGAUCGAGGAGAAGGAAAGGCAAAAAAUACCGGCCAGAGGAGGAUUAUCAUGAGGGUUAUGAGGAUGUCUAUUAUUAUGCCUCAGAGCACUUUCCAAAUGAGAGCCCAUAUACUAAAUCUGCAAACCAGACAAAACCACCCGAAGGAGCAUUGGCUGUAAGGCGACAAAGUAUUCCAGAGGAAUUCAAGGGCUCAACAAUAGUUGAAUUAAUGAAGAAGGAAGGCACAACUUUGGGGCUUACUGUAUCUGGUGGAAUUGACAAGGAUGGGAAACCAAGAGUGUCCAACCUUCGUCAAGGAGGAAUUGCUGCUAGAAGUGACCAACUGGAUGUGGGAGACUACAUCAAAUCUGUCAAUGGAAUCAACCUGACAAAAUUUCGCCAUGAUGAGAUCAUCAGCUUGCUCAAGAACGUUGGCGAGAGGGUUGUAUUAGAAGUGGAGUAUGAGCUGCCACCAGUCUCUGUACAAGGCUCAGGUCUCAUUUUUAGAACUGUGGAAGUUACUUUACAUAAAGAAGGGAACACUUUUGGGUUUGUAAUCAGAGGUGGAGCACAUGAUGACAGAAAUAAAUCUCGUCCUGUUGUAAUAACAUGUGUUAGACCUGGAGGGCCUGCUGACAGAGAGGGCACAAUCAAGCCUGGUGACAGAUUGCUUAGUGUUGAUGGAAUUCGGCUUGUUGGAACAUCACACAGUGAAGCCAUGAGUAUUCUCAAACAGUGUGGCCAAGAAGCAACUCUGCUGAUAGAAUACGAUGUCUCAGUGAUGGAUUCAGUAGCAACAGCUUCUGGGCCACUGCUUGUCGAAGUUGCCAAAACUGCUGGUUCUGCUUUAGGAGUUGCACUAUCUACCUCUAUGUGUUGUAGCAAACAAGUCAUUGUAAUAGACAAAAUUAAAUCUGCAAGUAUUGCAGAUAGAUGUGGUGCAUUACAUGUAGGAGAUCAUAUUCUUUCCAUUGAUGGCACCAGCAUGGAGUACUGUACAUUGGCAGAAGCAACACAAUUUUUGGCUAAUACGUCUGAUAAUGUCAAACUAGAGAUCCUUCCUCAUCAUCAGACACGGCUGGCUCUUAAGGGACCAGAACAUGUGAAGGUUCAAAGGAGCAACAGGCAACUUACCUGGAAUCCCUAUGCCAACAGCCACAGCGGUGCCCUCACCUACCACCAUUAUAACACCUACCACCCUGACCAUUGCAGGAUGCCAGCUUUGAAAUGCCAGAAAACGCCUCCUCAAAAAAACCUUCCUUUGGUAUCAUCGUCCUUCUCUCCUGCCUCCAUGAGUGCAUACAGCCUGAGUUCCUUGAACAUGGGAACCUUACCUCGCAGCCUCUAUUCUACCAGCCCACGUGGGACAAUGAUGAGAAGGAGAAUGAAAAAGAAGGACUUCAAAAGCUCAUUGUCACUAGCCUCUAGCACUGUUGGCCUAGCUGGACAGGUUGUCCACACAGAAACCACAGAAGUAGUGCUGACAGCUGACCCCAUUGUGGGAUUCGGGAUACAGCUCCAGGGUAGCGUGUUUGCUACAGAGACCUUGUCGUCUCCACCUCUGAUUUCCUAUAUUGAGGCUGACAGCCCAGCAGAAAGGUGUGGCACCCUACAAAUAGGAGACAGAGUACUGGCUAUAAAUGGGAUCCCAACAGAAGACAGCACAUUUGAUGAAGCGAAUCAACUUCUUAGAGACUCUUCUAUCACCAGCAAGGUCACUUUGGAAAUAGAAUUUGAUGUUGCAGAAUCUGUCAUACCAAGCAGUGGUACUUUUCAUGUAAAAUUACCAAAGAAGCAUAAUGUAGAACUUGGCAUCACCAUAAGCUCUCCAUCUAGUCGAAAACCCGGAGACCCUCUUGUUAUUUCAGAUAUUAAGAAGGGAAGUGUUGCUCACAGAACUGGAACAUUAGAACUAGGUGAUAAACUUCUUGCCAUAGACAAUAUUCGAUUGGACAACUGUUCCAUGGAAGAUGCCGUUCAAAUCCUGCAGCACUGCGAGGAACUUGUAAAGCUAAAAAUUCGCAAAGAUGAAGAUAACUCUGGUAUUCAUAAGACCAAUUGCAUCCUCUUGGCAUGUAUUGCAGAUGAACAAGAGAGCUCAGGAGCAAUUAUUUAUACUGUCGAGCUCAAGCGGUAUGGAGGACCUCUUGGGAUCACUAUUUCUGGUACUGAAGAGCCCUUUGAUCCCAUUAUCAUUUCAAGUCUUACUAAAGGCGGACUAGCUGAAAGGACAGGUGCAAUUCAUAUCGGAGACCGAAUCUUAGCCAUAAAUAGUAGCAGUCUGAAAGGAAAACCUUUGAGUGAAGCCAUACAUUUGUUACAGAUGGCAGGAGAGACAGUCACCUUGAAAAUCAAAAAGCAGACAGAUGCAUCAAGUCCCAAGAAGUUCUCUGCCUCUGGACAUGCAAAUGAAUUAAGUGACGCUGAAGAUGAUACAGCCACUACACAGAAACCAGGCAAGCUCUCUGAAAUAUACUCCACUACCGUCCCAAGCGUGGACAGUGCUGUAGAAUCAUGGGAUGGCUCUGGUAUGGAUAACAGCUAUGGAAGCCAAGGUCCCAGUUAUCAGGCUUCUGGAUACAACUUUAAUACUUUUGAAUGGAGGAGUCCAAAACAAAGAGGCAGUUUAUCCCCUCCCAACAGACCGCGAAGCAACCCCUUCCAUGAUACAGGGCUAAGUGAUGAUGAUUGGGACAAACCAGCAGCCAGUAGCUUUGCAGGUGCCCCUGAGGCUGACCAGGAGGAAAAUUUCUGGUCUCAAGCACUGGAGGACUUGGAAACCUGUGGACAGUCAGGAAUUCUGAGGGAAUUAGAGGACAAGGCUGACAGGCGUCUGUGUUUGAGAAACAUGACUCUCUUGGCAACAAUUAUGUCAGGCAGCACCAUGAGUCUGAAUCAUGACAACCCCCAGCACCGCAGCCAUCUGGGAAGGCAAGCAAGUUUUCAGGAAAGAAGCACUCUGAGGCCACAUUACAGCCAGACUACCCGAAGCAACACAUUGCCUUCAGAUGUGGGAAGAAAAUCUGUAGCUCUGCGAAAAAUGAAGCAAGAGAUGAAAGAGAUCAUGUCACCAACUCCUGUGGAGUUACACAAGGUAACUUUGUACAAGGAUUCUGACAUGGAGGACUUUGGAUUCAGCGUCUCAGAUGGCUUAUUGGAAAAAGGCGUGUAUGUUAAAAAUAUUCGGCCAGCUGGACCUGGAGAUGUGGGUGGUUUAAAGCCAUAUGACAGACUGCUACAGGUAAAUCAUGUUCGCACAAGAGACUUUGACUGCUGUCUAGUUGUGCCCCUAAUAGCAGAGUCUGGCGAUAAACUAGAACUUGUUAUUAGCCGAAAUCCUCUUGCGUCUCAAAAGAUGAACUCGGAGCAACAGACUUUCCCAGCUGGGGAAUGGAAUGAUCAAAACAAUGCCUUCUUUCAACAAAGUGGACACAACACUGGUUUGGAGAUGAAACGGGAACCUACGAACACUUUAUAGCCAGAAACUGUGUUAGUGCAAGACAUUUAAAAUGGUGCUAAAUCCCUUUCAGAUUUCUGUUACACUGGAGACACAGCUAUUACGUGGCAUUAAGAAGCACAGGGGAAUCUUGAUUAUUUCUCAAGGCUCAUUAUUUGCUACUUGCUUCCCAAACAGAGGUUUUGUCUGCUCUUGUUUUUUUAUGACAAUGAACAGUGCCAUUCCAAACUGACCUUAAACUCAAGGGAACUUAUUAGUGAAAAUGGCUGUAUUUAUAUCAUGGCAGAUUUAAUUAGCAAGACGUUUAAAAUGAGAUCUGGCUGUUUUCAUCAGCCCCAUCAUCAGAUUUUUAAAAGAAAGUAGUUUUUGUCUUCUAAACUGAAGAUGGUUGAAAAAGUCAAGAUGGGGUUUGAUUUUCAGGAUUAAGUCAUUUGAAGACCAGCUGAUUACUGAACAAAGGAAUCUUGAAAUACCAGUGCUGAAUCCAGAAGAUGACUUGUAUAUUGGCUGUCACAGUAGUUGCUUUUUAGUCAACUCUGGUUCUGUUGCCUCUGGUAUAAUGAAAAGGGGGCAAAGAUUAAACCUACUACUAGAUAGUUUUACUACUGUUUUAGCAAAGAUGCACAGAGGGAACUGAAGUGCAAGGGGGUAAAACUUUACUGUCCAGCUGUAGUACAAUUUUAUUAGGAGUUAUAUUAUUCCCUAUGCAAUGAUGUACGGAACAGGAUAUGUCUUGCAGCCUGUAAAGACUUUUGAAUUUUAGCUAUUUGGAACUUCUGACGAAUUACUGCUUUUAAAACAGUAAAACAAGUUUUAGUGAAAUUAAAUAGAAAACACUUUUAUAAGAUACACACACACAUGUAGUUUUUUUAAAAAAACAACUUUGAACUAAAGUAGCAAAGGAAUACUGAUGCAAAACCAUAUAAAACUGCGUAGCAUAGGGCACACAAAUUAACUUGUAUAGCUACGCAGAAUUUUUUUUUUAAUUAAUGGUAUGCCUUGGUUUAAAGUAUCAGUUUAAGUAGGCUUUGUUGGAUCUCUCCCUCACUGACUCUUACCAUUUUUUGCAAUUAAUUUUUACAUUGUAAAUACAUUUUGCACUUACACUCCCAAAGUCUGUCCUGCGCACUCACUCAGAGCAAUAAAAUGCUGCCAGUUGCUUUUUAGGCUCACCAGCAGCGGCUUUGGUUUGUUUACUGUACUGUCAUGGUAAUUAAUGUUACUUGGUGACUGGAAAGACACUGGAUUUGUCUAUUAUAACUGUAGAGUUUUCGUAUGUUAGCACCCAUUUUCAGUUUUUUCAGCUAUUUGAAUUGUUAGAGUAUACAUACCAUUUCCCUCAACUUGUUACAUGAGCAAGCUUUCCUGACCUACACACACAAGUGAAAUGUUUUAUUCAUAUUUCAGCACUGCCAGAGAAAACUCAUUCAAAAUGAAAUUGGAACCCAAAUCAUGAACCACUUAAUAUGUAUUUUUAUUUGUAACAAAUGAGUAUUAAACUAAAAUAUUUUUGUACAAAUUUAAUACUUUAAUAGCAUGAUAUUUAUCGUCAAUGUAUGGUUUCUCGGAUCUCAAACUGUUUCAAAAUUUGUAUGGAAAAUGUAAAAAGAUCAAAUAAACAGUGAUUUAAAAGCAA